AUGGCCCUGCUUGCCUGGGCAAAAGAAACCGGCAUCAACCUGGUGCAGAUCAACGGGCAAAGGCGAUAUGGUGGCCCCCCCCCAGGUAUGUGAGAAGAGCAUCUUGGUGCCGUGGUGCCUUGGGAGCACGGCACGUAGGGUGCUUGGCGGGCACUGGGGAAGCUCUACGAGUUUCGCCUCAUGAUGACCUUCAGUGGGCUCAACCGGGGCUUUGCCUAUGCCAAGUACAGCAACCGGCGCGGCGCCAAGGAGGCCAUCGCUGCCUUCAACAACUUUGAGGUGCGGGAGGGCUGCGCCAUCGUGGUGUGCAAGAGCACGGAGAAGUGCGAGCUGAGCGUGGACGGCCUGGCCACCUCGGUCAGCCGGCAGGAGCUGGAGGCCGUGCUGCGGCAGGUCACGGAGGGGGUCCUCAGCAUCACCCUGUAUGCCAGCCCCUGCCAGAAGCGGGCCCAGCUCGCUGUGCUGAAAUACAGCUCGCACCAGGCUGCUGCCAUGGCCAAGAAAACCCUGAUAGAAGGGAACAUGAGGCUCGGUGGGGUGGAGAUGAAGGUGGACUGGCUGAAUCCCGAUCUGAAGCAGAAACUGCAGUCGUGCAAGGAGAAGCCAUCAUCCAGCCAGGUGCAAGGGAGCAAGUGCCUGGGGGUCCCCAAGCAGGCGCCCCUGUCUCCAGUGCUGCACAACGCGCUGGACCACCUGAACACCCUGUGCCAGAGGCAGUACCUGGGGACCCCCGUGUUCCUCACCAAGUGCAUCCAGGCGAAUCCCAACGGGUGGCUGCGGUUCUGGUGCCGGGUGGUGAUCCCAGGGUGCCCCGUGCCCUUCAGUGGGUUCACGUGGGUCCGGCAGGAUGGGCCAGGCAGGAGCGGGCAUGAGGAGGCGAAGGUUGCAGUGGCUCUGCAGGUUCUCCGGAUGCUAGGUGAGUCCUUGCACGGCGUCGGUGCCAACCCCCUGCCUUUCCCAAAGACUUGGAGCGUCUCCUGGGAGUGUGGAGCUGUGGUCCUUCUAGUGCAUGGCGGAUCCCAGCCUGGCAGGCAGGGCUGA